CCAAUCUACACAACUUACAAUCUCAUUUACUAACCCCCACACACUCACUCUCUUUCUCUCUCUGUUUCUUUCUAUAUACAGGGACGGGCUCUUCGAAACCAUCCCUCUUCCCCACAACUAUAGCAUUGGCCAUGGACGAAGCUGGCCACCCGUGGCGGACGGAGAUCCCCCGACCACCAGAGCUCCCCAGGGACCCCAUGGAGUUCCUCUCCCGCUCAUGGAGCGCCUCCGCCUUCGAGGUCUCCAGGGCCCUGACGCCGCUUCCGCCUCCGGCCGCCGCGAUCCCCGAGGACGCCGCAGGCGAGCUGGAGGAGCUCGGUGCUGCGGCUGCGGCGGUAGCUGGGAACACCUUCUCCUUUGCCUCCUCGGCCACCUCGCAGCUCGUCAUGGAGCGGAUCAUGUCGCAGUCGGAGGUGUCUCCUCUCACAUCAGGACGCCUCUCCCACAGUAGCGGGCCGCUGAACGGCGGUGGAUCACUCUCUGAUAGCCCUCCCGUCUCCCCUUGCCACAUGGACGACGUCAAGUUCUGGGGAGCUGCUGACGCACGGAAGCCUCAGCCGUGCCGAGGGACGAGCAAGACAGUUGGGAGGUGGCUGAAGGACAGGAGGGAGCGGAAGAAAGAGGAGAGCAGAGCCCAGAACGCGCAGCUCCACGCUGCAGUCUCCGUGGCUGGGGUGGCUGCGGCGGUCGCUGCAAUUGCAGCGGCCACCGCCUCCGCCUCGGGCUCCGGCAAGGACGACCGCGCUGCCAGGACCGACGUGGCGGUGGCCUCCGCCGCGACGCUCGUGGCCGCGCAGUGCGUCGAGGUCGCUGAGAUCAUGGGGGCUGAGCGCGAGCACCUGGCGUCGGUCAUCAGCUCUGCCGUCAGCGUCAGGACUCCGGGGGACGUCGUCGCCCUCACGGCCGCUGCUGCCACCGCGUUGAGGGGGGCGGCGACGCUGAAGGCGAGGGCACUGAAGGAGGUGUGGAACAUCGCCGCCGUCAUACCAGUCGAGAAAGGAGGGGCGGCGAAUAACAACCACCACCGCCGCCGCAUGCAGGAAAAGGAACUCGACAGCAAUAGCAGCAGUGUCAGCGGUGAGCUCGUGGCCGAGGAGAACUUCUUGGGCCUCUGCUGCCAGGAGCUUCUUGCUCGGGGCACCGAGCUCCUCAAGCGCACACGCAAAGGUGCGCUUCAUUGGAAGAUCGUCUCUGUCUACGUCAACAAGAUGGAUCAGGUAAUGCUUAAGACGAAGAGCAAGCAUGUCGCAGGGACUAUCACGAAGAAGAAGAAGAGUGUUAUCGUCGAGGUUUGCAAGGACAUCCAAGCAUGGCCGGGCCGGCACUUGCUGGAAGGCGGCGAGCGGCGCCGCUACUUCGGGCUGCGGACGGCGGAGCAACGUGUCAUAGAGUUCGAGUGCCGGAGCCGGAGGGAGCACGACAUGUGGACUCAAGGAGUCUCCCGCCUCCUCAACAUCGUCAACGAGAAGAAGAAGAAGCAGCCUCAGCAGCAGCAGCACCACCACCACCAACCCCACCGCGCCUGAACGCAUCUUGAGGAGAAUGGUUGCAGUCGGUAAUGUACUGAUCUGGGUUCCCAUUUGCCAUUAUAGAAACCAGAAGCUUGAGGGGCACUCCAUCUUUUUGUUGGACCUCGGCAGAAACAUAGGAGAAGGAGAUGAGAUGCAGGAAGACAUGAGGACCAGAAGUGCUUCUGCAGUCAAAAAGGCAUUGAUGAUGCUGCAGCUUCAACUGUGACUUUCCCUUUUCCAAAACUCCAUGUGUUGAACACAGAAUGGUUCAGAAUUCCAACAGCAUUUGCUGCUUGCAUUCAUGGAAAUGUGGCGUUUUCAUCACUGGAAGCAGCUCUGAGGAUCUCAUUGAACACAAACAUCAUCUCUUUCACUACAAAUCUCCUCAGUGUCAUGUAAAUGUGGUGUUUUCAUCCAAGUAUGCAAAAACUUAGUAGCUCGUAUGUGAUGUAAAAUGAGUUGGGUAUGUUUUUUUGUGUGAAUCACCUUAAGCAAGGUUUCAUUAAGCGAA